GUAUAUUUACACAUUUCCUGUUUUCCUAAGCGAGCAGAUCUGUCAAUGAAACGCUGAUUAUUCUGGUAAUUUCCUUGGAUGACAUGUUACAUUUGUGAGGCAGCUUCAUUCCUAGAUGACCUGUGCUGGACCAGAGCCAAGAGGACUGACCCAGUCUCCAGAGCUUGUCCUAACUGAACACAGACCACACAAGUGAAGGAGAUGACCCAUCAAGGCCUAUUCCUGUAUCAGCACUGGCACAAGCAAAGGCUGUAGUCCAGUCAUACCAUUUGAACUAUCUCCUGUCUCUGGUGUGAGCUGACGCAUGUCGCGGAUCAGGAGCACGCUCAACACUGUUACUAAAGCAGUAAGCGGCAGCGACCUCCUCUCCAAGAUAUCCCGCCUUAAGCCCAGUGCCGCAGCCGCCCAUGCAGAGAAGGUACCGGCCGAAGCGGAGCCUCCGACUCCAACCCCGGCAGCUAGUGACGCUUCAGCUGCUGCAAUAGCCAUGAAGCCACAAGAGCAGGACCAGACAGUAGGACAGAACAAUGGAGAGGAGGGGAAGGAGAAGGAGAAUCAGGCUUUAGAGAAACCCUUCAUGGCCAACGUCAAGCCCAAACAUAGCCUCGCUGCGUCAGUGGCUAUAUCCACCGCUAGCUCCUCGUCAGCCAUGGCCAAGCAGACGUUACAGCUGUUUCAACCAGAGGCCCUGUCCACCAACAUGGACGAGACAUACAGCACCCUGUCUCAACAUGUCAACGACUACUUCGGGAGUAGUAGUAGUCUAUCAACAGGAGAUGACAAGAAGCCUCACCAUCUAAAUGACCAUGCUCAAGCAUCCACGUCCUCCAAGCCUGCUCUCAAUCAACGCUACCGGAGUACUAAGAGGGGGGACCACAUCCCCGGUUCAGUACCUGUGGCAGCUGAGACCAAGGCUAUCCAGGGCGAGGCUGCUACCCCACCACCGACUCCUCCCCUGGAGGAGGUUAGCCCAACCUCGGGGGUUCCCACCCGAGAGAGCCCUGCCACAGACAGUACUUCCUCUGACCCAGUCACCCAUACCUCCACUCCUACCCCCACCCUAACACCCUCUAAAAAAGGGGGGUUUGGGCGGUAUCUGUCCGACCCUCGCCCCAAUGUUCAGGCAUUCUUUGGCAGCUACAUAGCACCCUUGGUACCUAGUAAGUUCAGAGCUGACCCCAAGAGCGUCACAGCAGCAGUUAAAGAGAAGACCUCUGAGAAGACCAUGGAGGAGGCUGUGAGGAUGCCUGGAGAGAAGAAGACCACUGAGGUGGCUAUGAGGAAGCCUGGAGAGAAGAUAGAGACUGAGGAGGAGAAGAACGCUGAAGAGGGGGCCAAGAAACUACUGCUGAGCCAGAGAGAGAAGAUCAUAGCCCGGGUGAGUAUGGACAACAGGACCAGAGCCUUGGUGCAGGGCAUCCAGAAAGCCACAGACAUGAAUAUCCACACCAGCCGUGUGGAGGAGCUUAGCCUACAUCUACUGGAGUACCCUGAGACACGCGGCGUGGCCGUCAAGGAGAGGGUGAUCCCGUGCCUGUUGCGUCUGAGGCAGACCAGAGACCCCAGGCUCCAGGCUGCAGUGAGAGAGGCCCUGGCCCUGGUGGGAUACACAGACCCUGUGAAGGGCCAGGGUAUACGGAUCCUGGCCAUCGAUGGAGGGGGGACCAGGGGACUGGUAGCCCUGCAGACCCUACACAAACUGCAGACCCUGACGGGCAAACCCAUCUACCAGUUGUUUGACUACAUCUGUGGGGUCAGCACAGGUGCGAUCCUGGCCUUCAUGUUGGGGGUGUUCCAGAUUCCUCUGGAUGAUUGUGAGGAACUCUACAGGAAGCUGGGUUCUGAUGUGUUCAAACAGAACGUCAUCGUGGGAACCGUCAAGAUGGGCUGGAGCCACGCCUUCUACGACAGCCAGAUCUGGGAGAACAUCCUCAAGGAGAGAAUGGGAGAAGGCCUCAUGGUCGAGACAGCCCGGGAUCCAAAAUGCCCAAAGGUGUCAGCAGUGAGCACCAUAGUGAACAGGGGUCUACCUCUGAAGGCCUAUGUGUUCAGGAACUACAGCCUGCUACCAGGGGUCAGGUCCCACUACAUAGGAGACUGUAAACACAAGAUGUGGCAGGCCAUCAGAGCCUCCUCUGCCGCCCCAGGGUACUUCCAGGAGUAUACACUGGGAAAAGACCUGCACCAGGAUGGUGGUCUCCUCAUCAACAACCCCACAGCGUUGGCCAUCCAUGAGUGUAAGCUGCUGUGGCCCAACACCCCAGUGCAGUGUGUUGUCUCCCUGGGUACGGGUCGCUAUGAGACCGUCAACAAGAACAACACCACCUCCACCAGUCUCAAAGCCAAGAUCACCAAUGUCAUCAGCAGUGCUACAGACACAGAGGAGGUCCACAUCAUGCUGGACGCCCUCCUUCCACCCAACACCUACUUCCGUUUCAACCCCUACAUGAGCGAGGACAUCCCAUUGGACGAGAGCCGCCCGGAGAGGCUCACCUUCCUGCAGGAGGAAGGAACUCGCUACCUGGAGAGGAACGAAGCCAAGCUGAACAAGGCAGCGUCGGUGCUGGCUCUGGAGAAGAGCGCCAUCCAGAGGCUGGCUGAAUGGUGCAAACUGAAGGCCGACAUGUACGAGGGCUUGCCCUUAAUCUCCAAACUGUAGGGGACGUCUAGAGGUGAAAGGUCAGACAGGCUGAGGGACACUAAUUUAGACUGAUUAUGAAGAUAAUAUAGGAGCUGUAAAGGUCUGACAUGUACGAGGGCUUGCCCUUCAUCCCCAAACUAUUGGAAGAGACCUGCAGAGGUUAAAGUUCAAAAAGGCACUGCAGGCGGUAGCUGCUGAGAAACUCAUUUCCACUUGAAAAUAAACAUAAUGUGCUUUGAUAUGACUCCAUCAGUGGAGGCUGGUGGAAGAAGCUAUAGGAGGAAAGGCUCAUUGUAAUGGUUGGAAUGGAAUAAAUGGAACCGAGUUAAAUGUGGUUUCCAUAUGUUUGAUUCCGUUCCAUUUUUUCAUUCCAGCCAUUACAAUGAGCCUGUCCUCCUAUAGCUCCUCCCACCAGCCUCCUCUGGACUCCAUAUCUGCUUGAUGUAGAUCAUGUGAUAUGACUGCGGUCCAUUUGAAUUUCUGCAGCUCAGGCAGGAUGUUGUUGCCUUUGAGCUGUGAGAGGUGGUACAGAAGGAUCUGUUGUAGUGUUUAUGAAAGGGGUUUGGCUGGUAGGGGUUUGGCUGGUAGGGGUUUGGCUGGUAGGGGUUUGGCUGGUAGGGGUUUGGCUGGUAGGGCUGAAGGAAUCAACCUUUUGACUGCUCCUAAAUAAAGCACCACUGUGCACCACUGUGAUGAGAACAUAGGCUGUUUACACAGGCAGCCCAAUUCUAAUAUUUUGCCCCCCCUAAAAAUCAGAUCAAAUCUUUUGCCAAUAAUUGGGCUAAAUACCUGAAUUGGGCUGCCUGUGUAAACAGCCAUAAUGGUGUGAAUGGUAGACAGGCACAGCCAUUUACUGUUUUGAUUUAAGAGUGCAGGUUUUGCAGGGAAGGUGUUUUUGACAACUACUGACUUAACAUGUACUGCUAUGUCAGAUAUCCAGGGUCUGUUAUUAGCAACUCAUUCUUGUAAUUACUGUAAAUAUGAAUGUAAGUAACUGACAUUGGUGUCACCUCAUUCCCAUGUUCAGUAACUUUAAAUGCUUCAAACUUGAACUAGGCAUGUGAAGUAGAAUGGAAUAAAACAUGUAAUUAUGCCUUUUUUCACAGAUUAAUGAAAUCAUGCACUUUGUAAAUUGUCACAUUGUUCUUAUCUUAAGAGCUCUGUAAGGGAUCAAAUGUAAAUGGUUUGAUAUGUGGUUUUGAAUAAUAUUUCAUUGAAGAGUUCAUGGUAUUAGCUUUAUAAUGAAUCAGAACCACCUAAUUCCUUUCUCCUGCAGCGGCCCUGUAGGUGGACUGUGUAAGAAUGAAAAUGUCAUUGAAACAGG